UUGUCGAUCAAAGACCUUUUUCUGCAUUUUAAGAAUAUACUAACUUAUCGAAAAGUUUAAAAAAUAUUAAAAAUGAAAUUAUACCCGAUUGUUAUUGGUUUAGUGUGGAUCGUUUUAUUGAAGUUUGCUUAUGGAUUAGAUAAUGGCCUAUUAAGAACCGAAGCUAGGCGGGGAAGAUUUUUUCCAUUUUACACCAUUGGAAGGUUUACAAAUGAUGUCUGCACUGGUACCAAUAGCAUGAAAGGUACUUGUCAGGUACGUGGAGAAUGUAUGGACGGAGGUGGAAUCACAGCUGGCUCUUGUUCUUCUAUAACCACUCAGGCCGUCUGUUGUGUUUAUACGGCAACUUGUGGUGGCUCGACAAGCAACAACAACACUUAUUUCUACAAUACAAACUAUCCUGGCACAUUCAACGGAGCCAGCCGUUGCACUUUAACGGUAAUUCCGUGUGAUUCGUCAAUAUGUCAGUUGCGCAUUGAUUUUUUGUCUUUUUCACUUGCACCACCGAACGGCGAUGGAGCCUGUGUGACUGAUACAUUAACCGUAACUGGAGGAUCAUCGAGGGUACCUCGAAUUUGUGGUGAAAAUACCGGUCAACAUGUUUACGUCGAUUUCAAUGGUGUAAAUCCCAUUACGAUUACAGUCGAGACUUCAGGAACGGUUACAUUUAACCGUCAAUGGCAAUUGCAAGUGUCACAAAUAGCCUGCGCUUCUCCAACAAGAGUGCCAUCUGGAUGUUUACAAUAUUAUACUGGCGAUACUGGCACUGUGUCGAGUUUUAAUUAUUCCCCAGCUGCAUCGGCUCAGCUUAAUACCGUAGGAGUGGGUGGCACAAGGCAACUAUCGAAUACAAAUUAUGGAAUCUGUGUUCGAAUGGAAGCCGGACGUUGUUCAAUCACUUGGAGUCAAUUGGCUGAUGACCCGUAUUCCUUUACUGUUACCAAUGAUGUUGGUGCUGUUGACCCUUCACUGCUUGGUACAGCUGCAGUUCAAAGUCAAACUUGUGCCACAGAUUACAUUGUUAUUCCGGCUCCUGUGCAAGAUGGUGUGACCUUGGGCAGUGAUCGGUUUUGUGGACUUGGAUUAGUCGCUACGACAAGUUCGGCAAAACCUUUUGUUUUAUAUACUGUAACGGAUGCAAAUGAAAAUGGCGACAUAUUAAAUCGUGGAUUUUCAUUGUCCUAUUCGCAAAAUAAUUGCCCCAUUAGCAUGAGAUAAAUAAAAUACGUAAU